UCCAAAGUCUCCAAUUUGUGUGUCCACGAUCCAGAGAUCUAGACCCUUGACAAACGCCCCCACUCACAUUCUUUGAACGGCAUCUUUUUUUCCCUCUUCUUUUAUUGGACAAUUGCAAAAAGCACCUUGCCCAACAUGAGCAUUCCCGUUCUCUCCACCCCUCCUGAUGCCAGGACGAGCUACAUUAUCGAUCAGCUCGAGGGUGAACGCGUCACGAUCCCCGGCAGCAAGGGUGUCUUCAGAAUUCUUGCCUCGUCAAAACAGACCAACGGUGGCAUCGCUGUCUUCUCCAGUGGUGCUGUACUUUCUGAUGCGCCGGGUUUCCACUGGCACGCCGAGGCGCACGACGUCUUCCUCGUGACCAAGGGAUACCUGAAGCUAUGGAACGGCGAUAAGUGCAGAAUCAUGGGCCCUGGUGACUUUGCCUAUGUCCCUCCUAAAGUCGUACACAACCCCGAGCUUCUCGGCCCUCACACAGAAACCCUGGGUCUGGUUGCGCCGGGUGACUGGGUUGACUUCUUCCGUUACGUCGCUGAGCAGUACGAGGGUAUCAUUGUGCCAGAAAACGACAACCGCGACUUGAAGAGCCUGUUGAUCCCCAAGGUCAUGGCCGCAAAGGACCGGUUUGACGUGAACUUUGAGCGCAACUACGCUCCCCCCGAAGUCGCAGACUGGCAAGAGUCAGAAAACGUUCUCCCCGGCCCCCUGGAGCCGUACUUCUUGCGCGCCAACACUGGACCCAGAUACAUCCUGGGUGGUGUUCUCUCCAGACCCUUCAUCAACGCCUCUCAGUGCAGCGGCAAGUUCGCAAUCACCAGCCUCGAGUCAUCGAAGCUGUAUGAGAAGUCCCCGCUCGCUCGGUGGUUGACAUUCCCCGAGGUGGACCAUUGCUUCUGUGUUCAGGAGGGUCUUCUGAAGGUCAAGCUCAAGGAGUCUGGUUCCUGGACUGAGGUCCGCGAGGGCCAGACCCUGUUAGUUUCUGCGGGACAGGCGUUCACAUUGGAGUACGGCUCUCGCUUUGUAAGAUCCACCGUUUUCACCAACGGUCCCGGUAUUGAAACUUUGAUUCAAAACGCCGGCGAGGCUUUCUCAAGUUUCGUUCUGCCGGAAGAGAGCGUCGCAUGGCAGGAGGAGAAGAUCAAGGAAGCGAGUGCGGCAUUGGGUGUUGUGGUUGAAUCAUUGUAAUUACUUAGAUGAGUUGCCUUCCAAGGCCAGUAGUUGGAAGGCUUGAGAAAAUGACUUAAAUACACGCGUAAACUACGUGGACAAUGGCAAGUGUAACUAGCCUUGAAAAUAUUACGGAUUUGCGAUAGGGAUGAGCCUCAUUUGUUGCCCAGAUAUAAUGACCUUCAAGGAUCCACGAAAGUUUAGCGAUAUUGUACAGUUAGUGCACCAAUAUCACCUUGUUCUUGAG